UUCUUCGUGCUGACAGCGCCGUUGCAUACGUGUCUAUCAAAUCGUGUAUCUAUCGUAUUGCAAUCGAGUGUCUACCGUAGUUAUACAGAUUGUACGACGUCGCGAAUAAUUACGCUUCGGGUGCAACAAUAUUAAGUACGCGAAUCGUGAACUGGAGUGAAUUAUUGGAUUUCAAGAUAACGUCGGCGUCGCGUUUAACGACAGCAAUCUUGUGCCAUUUAUGGGCAUCCGCGGCGACCCGCCCUUCAAUGUGAUCCGCGGGCGCGACGGCUCCGAAAGAAAGACGAUUUCGAUGGAUCAUCGAAAUCGUCUGUACGCCGACAAUCGGCAUCGUGGAGAGAGUCAAUUCAAGUAUCGGCCGAUUGACGCUUAGCGUCUCGGUUUGACAGCGAGCUGUCAUGCGCCUGGUUUCAGAAGUCGUGUCGAAUUAGAACUCUAAGAAAGCGGUAACGCGUCAACGAUGGCGAGCUCUGCUAUUAGCAGCAACCCGGAAAACAUCUCCAAGUUCCUGGAGACUUUGCAGUCGGACCUUAAGGUACUCGCCUCGGAGACCAAGAAGAAGUAUCCACAGAUCAAGGAGUCAUGUGAGGAAGGAAUUGCGAAAUUGAGGACAGCGUCAAAUAAUCCAGGGACACCAAUAUAUUAUAUUGUAAAUCAAAUACUUUAUCCUUUAGUUCAAGGUUGUGAGAGCAAGGAUAUAAAAAUUAUCAAGUUUUGCUUAGGUAUGAUGCAGAGACUAAUAACUCAGCAAGCAGUAGAUCAGAAAGGUGCUCGAUACAUUACAGAUACCUUAUGGUUGCUAAUGGAAUCUGGUACAGAGGAAGUUAAAGUUUUGCAGACUGUAACUCUAUUACUUACGAGUAAUGCUGUAGUACAUGGAGAUACUCUUGCAAGAAACCUGGUGCUUUGUUUUCGGUUACACUUUACAAAAGACUGUACAACGAUAAAUACAGCUGGCGCUACUGUAAGACAGCUAGUGUCUUUGGUAUUUGAAAGAGUAGUUGCUGAGGACGAGCAAAGUUCUGAUCAACCAGACUCUGAGGAAGUUAAUUUAGAAGAACUGAAAAUUCCAAUGAAUCAAGCGCCUAAAGGUCUUGGCCCUUGCGCUGCAGAUGCAUACUUAAUGUUUCAGGAUCUAGUGCAAUUGGUAAAUGCUGAUCAACCGUACUGGCUGAUAGGCAUUACUGAAAUGACCAGAACUUUUGGCUUGGAAUUAUUAGAAUCAGUUUUGACCAAUUUUUCAUCAGUUUUUUUUAAGCAUCCAGAAUUUAGCUUUUUGCUGAAAGAAAGAGUGUGUGCACUUGUGAUAAAACUGUUUUCGCCUAAUAUCAAGUAUCGUAAUUCAGUACCAGCAUCUUUGCAACAAGCUACGCCUUUAGACAAACCUUAUUUUCCUAUUAGUAUGAGGCUUCUGCGAGUUGUGUCAAUUUUGAUACAAAAAUACCAUUCCUUGCUGGUAACAGAAUGUGAAAUAUUCUUAUCCUUAAUUGUGAAGUUUCUGGAUCCCGAUAAACCUACCUGGCAGAGAGCCCUAGCACUGGAAGUUCUGCAUAAAAUGACAGUGCAAGCAGACUUGCUGACAAACUUUUGUGAAUGCUAUGAUUUGAAGCCACAUGCUACAAAUAUUUUUCAAGAUAUUGUCAGUAGCUUAGGUGCUUAUGUACAUAGCCUCUUUGUGAAUCCACAGAUGAUGAGUCAGACAGCAACAAGUACAGCUAUGCCUCAAAGCACAGGUUCACCGUUGUUCACGGGAAUGCCUAUUGGGCCUGGCGUAUCGCCUCAGCCUGGUUUUUAUUCGCGUGGUAUUUGGUUACCAGUAGUAGCAACAUUUACAAGUGGACAAGCUAAACCAACUUAUUUGGAAAUGCUGGACAAGGUCGAACCGCCGCAAAUACCUAUCGGUUAUGGAAUCAGUAUAGCCUAUGCAUGUCUACUAGACAUCAUAAGAUCGAUCGCGCUAGCUAUAAAUGGGUCGAAGGACGAUAGUACUGAAGGUCAGACCUAUCAGCCGAGUGAAUCCGAACGGAAGCUUCAUGUACAAUUAAUAAAUUCUAGUUGGUGCGGUUUACUGGCAGCUCUUAGCCCGUUAAUAGAUGCCAGCACGGAUGAAUCAGCAACGGAGAAUGUCCUGAAAGCAAUCCAACUGUUUGCAUCUCUUUGCGGACAAUUGGAUUUGCAACCGCCGCGCGAUGCCUUUAUAACUGCGAUAUGUAAGGCCUCGCUGCCGCCUCAUUAUGCCUUAACUGUACUAUACAACGCACCUCAAGGCAUACCAACUGUAAGACAGCAGGAUUCCGCUGCAUACAAUUUGACAAUGGGCGAGCCCGAUUACAGACAACAAGUAGUUGCUGUUGGUACGCCGCUACCGACGGCGUCUUUACCAAUCGGUGCUCAUCAAGGUCCCGUCAUGUUGACUGCAAAGAAUUUGCAGUGCAUGCGUGCGCUGUUAUCGUUGGCUCAUUGUCACGGUAGUAUACUUGGUAGUGCAUGGCAUUUAGUACUCACCACUCUUCAACAUCUUGUUUGGAUACUCGGUUUAAAACCUUCGACCGGAGGAUCGUUGAAAGCUGGAAGAACAGCAGCUGAUCCGAAUGCCGUAUUGACGAACGCGGUUAUGGCAGAUUUACCGGUACUCAGCGCCAUGCUUAGCAGAUUAUUCGAGAGCAGUCAGCAUCUUGAUGAUGUCGCCCUGCAUCAUUUGAUAGACGCUUUGUGUAAGUUGAGUCACGAGGCUAUGGAGUUGGCAUAUUCUAAUCGCGAGCCUUCGUUAUUUGCCGUUGCUAAACUGUUAGAGACAGGUUUAGUAAAUUUACCACGUGUGGAAGUGCUCUGGAGGCCGUUAACGAACCACUUAUUAGAAGUUUGUCAGCAUCCACAUAUUCGCAUGAGAGAAUGGGGUGUGGAAGCAAUUACAUAUCUUGUCAAGAUGGCUCUUCAGCAUAAAUACCCGCAACCACUCCGUGAUAAUCAGAAGUUGCAAACGUUAUUACUGGGGCCAUUGUCCGAGUUAUCAUCUGUGCGUCACGGAGAUGUCAGGCAACGACAAUUGGAGUGUGUCCUACAAGUGCUUCAUGGUGCUGGAGAGACGUUAUAUCAUGGCUGGCCUUUAGUUCUCGGUAUUAUAGGGGCAGUUUCCGAUCAUCAUGGGGAAGCUUUGGUGCGCAUAGCUUUCCAAUGUUUGCAGCUGGUUGUAACGGACUUUUUACCGGUAAUGCCUUGGCGAUGCCUUCCGCUAUGCGUCGACACAGCCGCUAAAUUUGGAUCGCAGACGCAAGAACUAAAUAUUUCGCUCACAGCCGUCGGUCUAAUGUGGAAUAUAAGCGACUACUUUUAUCAAAAUCAAGAGAAAUUGUGUGUUUGCUUGCGCGGAGAUUCGUCAUCGGUAUUUCCCGAUUUUCCUGGUACAACGAACAUGCCGCCAUUUGACAAACUCUGGAUGUGUCUCUAUGCGAGACUAGGAGAUUUAUGCGUCGAUUCGCGACCCGCUGUACGCAAGUCAGCAAGUCAAACUUUAUUCUCCACGAUAUCCGCGCAUGGUAGUCUUCUGCAUCAACCUACGUGGCAAGCGGUGCUCUGGCAAGUAUUGUUUCCGUUGUUAGAUAAAGUGAGAAGUUUAUCGAAUUCAGCUAGUAGUGAAAAGGUCGACACUAGUGGAAACAUACUUAUUCACCAUAGCAGAAAUACAGCGCAAAAACAGUGGGCGGAAACGCAGGUUUUAACGUUGAGCGGCGUGGCCAGAGUAUUCAACACGAAACGUCAACUAUUGCAAAUGUUGGGGGAUUUUCCUAGAGCGUGGUCAUUACUCUUGGAAUUCAUCGAAAAUUCCGCGCUUAGUAAAAAUAACGAGGUGUCACUAGCGGCUUUGAAAUCCUUUCAAGAGAUCCUCUUUCAGCCGAAGGGAAGCGAUAACACCGAGAUGAUACAAUCCAACGAUUCGGUGGGUUUGUGGACAGUGACUUGGCGCGUGUGGCUCAAUAUCGGAAUGGAGAGCACUGCGCCAUUCCUGACCGCGCUGAUGCAUAUAUUCCCAGGCGUUUUUCAACAUAUUAGAAACAAAUUUACCGGCCCAGAUUUGCAAAAAUUGUGCAUUGUACUGAAGAAUGCGGUGGCCGUCCCAGUGCAUGGCGAAUCGACGCCGUACAUAUUGCCAUCGGUUCCCGAUGUAGUUCUCACUCACUUGCAAGACGAAGUGCUGCAUUCUAUGGAGCUCCUACAAAAAGAAGCGUUAAAUGGCCCGGAUAAUUUACGCACGAUGAUUGUAAUGAUAUUCCUUCAGUUACUGAGUUUUUCGAAGCUGGCGUGCGAGGCCCCGACAUACGGUAAAAUACCAACAAAACACAUCUCUCAAAUUAGAGGCGUAUCUGCCGAUUGGGUCACGAUGAAUUACGUUCCGUUUGGUGAAAAGGCUCUGUCGAUGGUCGUGAGUCUAUAUCAGAAGACUGCGCACGAGAUAGCCGUGAUCGACGGCCAGGUGUUGAAGCAUAUCGUGGAAGCGCUGCACGUGCCAUUGUCCAUGAAAUAUGCAUGCCCAUCCGCGACCACGUGGAAGUUAGCUGUGACUAGUCUUUUAGCUGUUCUGCAUACAGGUCUGCCACUCGCCAGAAAGUAUCCUGAACAGUUCCAGAGUAUGUGGCUGCAGCUCGCAAGUACACUGGACGAUUUUCUAUUCCCUAAAAGUGUAUUGAACGUAGAACGAGGAGUUGAAGAGAUCCAGGCCGACGAGGCGGUGGAUUGUCAGGUUAUGGAAUUACUGAGGGAUGAAGUAUUACCACAUUCUCAACAUAUACCUCAUCAAUUUAUACUAAGAGUCGUUAUGCUUUUAAAUAAAGGUUCCAUACAUUCAGCCACCACAGCGGCGAAUAUUGAGAAUGGUGCAGAAACGAAAUUACGGGAAGAGUUUGCGAAAACUUGUUUCGAGACUCUGCUGCAGUUUUCUCUAUUAGAUGGAUUAAACAAUGACGCAGAAAAUAAUCCUAAAAGUAGCUCGGAGAAUGAUGAGGGUGGUAUCGCCGGGCGACUGGCGGUCACAGCUCUUCUGCACAGAUUUCAAGAAGUGCUGCGACGAUACAUUGAGAGCGAAAGGCGGAGCGGAAAGUGCCCGUUGCCUAGAUACAGAUUGUCGGAGAUAUCAUUUGUUCUUAAAGCCGUUGCCACUCUUGUAGUGUCGCUCAAAAAAGCGCCACCAAAUAAAGUCGAAAGAUCAGUGUGGGAGCAGCUGAUCGGAUUAUACCCAUGCUUAGUAGAAUGCACCAUCGCGACUACUUCCGGACAGGUGUCUAGAUCCUUGCGGGAGGCUCUGUUACAAUAUCAUGAUUUAUUGCGGGCACCGGUAAACAGCACGCCUACUUCCAACGGCGUUUGACCAAUACAUUCUUUUCUUUUAACUGGGAGCAUGGACUUGCGCUAGUAGCUACAGUAUAGGGUAAGUAAUUUACUUGUGUACCGGGAGCACAGACUUGCGCAAUAUAAUAUAGUGAAGUACAAGGUGAGUAAUUUGCUUAUGUAAUAUUUUGACGUACGAUGAAAUAUAUCUGCGAUUUUAUAUAGAAAUAUGAGUUUGUAUAUAAUUAUACGCUCUAGUAGUAGAAUAAAUAUUGUGUUGAGUCGUUUGUUAUAAAUGCGAUUUUAAUAAUCGUAUACGAAAGCAAGAUAAUUUUCUGAAAAUUGUUGUAAUUUAUUCCACUCACUUGUCGAUAUACAUACAUAUAUAUAUAUAUAUAUAUAUAUAUAUUGUUUUUACAACAUGUUGCAGUACAAUAAUCAAAAUACGAACAGAGUUUUUAGAUUGACGCUUUCAUUAUAGGAAUUUUAUAUAAAUUUGCAUAAUUUUUGUUGUUUUCAACUUCAUGUCAAGGAGUAACAAAAAUCUCUUUAUGAGAUUUGUCAUUGCUAACUGCAAUUGCAAUGCGAAAAAGUUUUGUUAUAGGAUUGUUAUAUCCAAUAAAGUAAAUUCGAGAUAGUUAUAAAGUAAUGACAAAUAGAACUUGAGAAAGAAAAAGAGGAAAUCAUUCCUGUUUGAGAUACUUGAAAUUAUAAAGGAGGUUUAUUACCUUGCAUAUAUUCUUCAAAGAGAGUGUAGAAAUCAUGUGUUUUAAUAGCACAUCAUCAAUUAUUUGUUUUGAGUAUACAUAAAAACAGAAGAAUGCUGUAUAUAUCUGCAGGGGGAAUGUACACACACAAGUCAGCUUUUUUAAUUGGUGUUGUAAAUAAUGCGAGGUAUAGAUAUAUACAUUAGGAUAUAUAGAUACAAGAUGAUUUUAUAAAUAAUAUAAAACUUUAUCAUCUAUAUAUAUAUAUAUAUAUUAUUAUUAUAUAUAUAUUCUUACAAAUCACGCUGCGUCGUAAGUUAUAUUACCAGAAUGUAAAUAAAUCUAUGCAGAUUAAAUAAAACUCUCGAGCAGAGAUUAUUCAUGC